AUGAUCGAAAGCAUGAUAGGUGUGAGCGACCUCAGCAGUGAUGGGGUUUCAAACGCCGAUGCGCUGGAACGGCUUCGUAGGGCGGCGGAAAUGGAGAUGAGGCGAGUGCUUGACGACUCAAGACCGCGAAAACGUCCUCGCGGCCCAAAGGGAGAGAUUGAUACCUAUGUCCCCAUGGACCGCUUCCACUACUCGGUCGUACAGGAGCUCGAGGCGGGGUCAAAGGGCUUCCUCGUCACCUGCAACUUCCGCCAGGAGAAAAGUGCAACCCGAGAGGCAUCCCAACUUCUGCGCCGUUACCUGCCAGAACACCUCUUUCCCCCGGCAGCUACAUUAUCUACUGCUGUAGACGAACAUCCGCCAGGGGCUCUGGGCCCGCCAGGGGGGGAGCUGCCGUCGAGGGUAAUGCCGAUGACGACGGCCGUGACAGGGGAGUCGGUGGAGGGGACCGAUCCUGUCAAAUGCCAUGGAGGAGCGGCGGCGGCAGCGCCGUCGCUGGUGGGGGAUAUGGAAGGAGAUGGAGCGAAGCCCCAGGCAGAAACAGGCAGCCUAAAGCAGCAGGGCGUGGGGCAAGGAGGGAGCCAGCCGAAUCAGGCGUUGGAUGUGGUGCGGCCGGCUCGCGGGUGUGGCAGCUCGGAACGUGAUGAGCUGCAGGCGCUGGAGGCGGUGGCUGGAGGAGGCCAGGGCAGUGGCGGCGGCACUACCGUCUACGCUGAUGAUGGCAGCGAAGAAGAUGAGGAUGCCGCCGAUGACGGUGACGGUGGAGGUGGCUUAUCUGUCGGUGGAGGCGGAGGCGCGCAUGGAGGUGGAGGUGGUGGCGGGGGCCUGCCUGCUUUGGGGCUUGCCAAGGUGAGCUGCCGUGGUGUGGUGCUGAUUCGGCUGUCGGCUGCGGCGGCCGCGGAAGUUGACCCGGUGCGAGUUGUGGAGUCCAUGUUGGCAGAUCUGGAAUCUGGAACCUUGCAGCCGCCCAAGCACUGCCAACGGAUCGUUCCCCUGGACGCCACCUGCCUUCUCACGCCGUCGGGUAUCGCAGCCGCGGUGGCGGAGGCGGCCGCUGCCUUCAAGCGCCGCCGCUACAAGUCAACUGCCAGGUGCACCGACAGCAACGACGGCAACGGCGGCGGCGGCGGCGACGCUGCCCCCGUGGAACCUUUUUCCUACGCGAUCUCGUACCACUCCCGUUUCACGGAAUCCUUGCCGCAAUCCGCCGCCGCCGGAGCUGACGGCGGCAACUCUACCUACGCCGGCAACGGCGCUGCGCACCGGGGCGGCCAGGAGCAAGAGCACGCGCUACCGCCGCUACCGCCGCCACCGCAGCAACAGGGCCAGGAAGUUGUUGAUGUGCUGUUGGAUCGCAACCAGAUCAUAUCGCUGGCGGCACGUGGCAUGGUGGAUGCGUUCACAGGGGACGUGGCGAGAGUUAACCUCAAGAAACCGCAGGUGGCUGUACGAGUGGAAGCGCUCCCAGUAGGGGGUCGCCAGUUCGCGGGCCUGACUCUGCUACCGGAGCACAUGUUCGUGUCCAAGGGAAAGCUCGUCGUGAAGGCCCUCGUCAAGAACGCUAAUUCGUAUCCCUGUCAGGCUAAUUCUGACUGUCGGCACCCGGACAUGCCAAUUCGACACCCGGACAGGCCAAUUCAGGCCCAGCACAGCCCAAUUCCGAGGCUCCACAGCGCAAUUCGAAUACCUUCGGCGGGUCCGCCAGAACAAUUCCAGACCUCGGCAGACUAA